AUGAAGAGAAAGCAAAGUGGUAGUGCUGGUCAGUACAGCAAAAAGAAACGUCCAUUUUCAAGAAAAGCAAGGAAAAGCUAUAGUAUUACUGACUUUGAAAAGCAUGAGGAAAUGAAUCGGAAAUCAAGGGAAGAAACAGAACGGAAGUUGUUGAAAGAACCUCAUUCAAUGGUCAUUCAUAGGGGAAAAGUUGGACAGUUUGUGCGUUCUCUGGAACAGGAUGUGCGUAUUAUCAUGGAACCUUUUACUGCGUCGAAGCUUAAAGUUAUGAAACGAAACAAUCUAAAAGAUUUCAUCGUAAACGGUGCAGUUCUUGGCGUUACGCAUUUGCUUGUGUUAACUCGUGGGGAAAAUUGGAUAACGCUAAGAAUUAUUCGAUCUUGUCAGGGACCAACAUUGACCUUUCGAGUGAAAGAAUAUACAUUAGCAAGGCAUAUUAUUUCGGCAUCAAAACGCAAAAUGUAUUUUCAACGAUUAUUCACUACGGCUCCACUUGUUGUGAUGAGUGGUUUCAACUCAAAUUGCGGUCAACAUUUACGACUUGUACAGUCUUUAUUCCAGAACAUGUUCCCUACAGUAAAUGUUGAUACGGUGGAUUUGUCUACUAUUCGACGUUGUAUGCUGAUCAAUUACAAUGUUGGCGAUGAUACUCUCCAACUGCGACAUUACGCGAUCAAGGCAGUUCCUGCAGGACUAAGCAAACCGACUAAAAAGCUAAUUCAAAGCAAGAUUCCGGACUUAUCGAAAUAUAAGGAUAUCGAAGACUACUUUACAAACCCAGGUCAGAUGAGCGAAAGUGAAUAUGAGUUUGAACAGAAAGAGGUCAAAUUACCGCAACAUCUAACAACACGAGGAUGCUUGGAGGGACAAAAAACAAGCAUAAGACUUUAUGAGCUUGGUCCUCGUCUGACAUUACAAUUAACGAAAAUCGAAGAAGGUGUCGAUGAGGGCGAAGUUCUUUAUCAUUCCUACAUCGUCAAAUCUCCUAAGGAACUGAUUCAGUUAAGAAAAGAACUGCCGAAAAAAAAGAAGUUGAAAAAGAAGAUGCAAAUAAAAAAUGAACGACGAAUCAUCUGUCGCAUGAAAGCUGUAAGUGAAAGGAAAUCCAAAUUAGAGGAAUCCCUAAAGGAAGAAAAGAAGAAAUUAAUAAGAAAACAGAAAGAAAUUACUGGUGACCAAUUCGAUGAUCGAUCUACGACCCAUGCGCAUGAUUAA